AUGAAAUUCCUCCCUCUUCUUUCAUUUGCCUUGCUAGCUAGCGCCCAAUCAAAACCUUCCAGUUCGCAAGUCAUUGCGCAUGCUGCUUACAUUAACCCAAUCGGCGAUCCCACAGCUUGGUCUAGAAUGAUUGCUUCUCCUAGCAACAAAGUUGGCCUUCUUGUCGCAAACCCCAACAAUGGCCCUGACGCUUCGGUAAAUGCUGAUUAUGCCACCGUCAUUACUCAAACUGUUGGCUCAGGCAAGAAGCUACUCGGAUAUGUCCGCACUGGCUACCUGAGCCUUAGCGCCGAUCGCUUUACAACUAGGAGUGGUUCGACUACAAUCGACGCCUGGAAAACGCAAAUCAAAGGAGACAUUGACCUUUGGUACCAACUGGACCCCAACAUUAGUGGCAUCUUCUUUGACGAGUGCUGGAACCAAUGUGGAUCUAGCAACGAGUUCGCGCAGGUAUACAAAGACCUCAGCAACUACGUCAAGAACAAGUCCCCUGGUGCAUACACUGUUGCGAACCCUGGAGCUACUAUUCCUCAAUGUUACGAGAACGCCGUGGAUACGCUGAUGUCAUUUGAAGGGAGCUUUGAUACGUACAACAAUGCGUAUGUUGCGAAUGACUGGACCUCUUCUACUCGGAACAAGGUAUGGCAUUUGGUUUACAACGUCCCAGAAGAUCAAGUUAGCAAGGUUGCCGCGCUUGCCAAGCAACGCGGUGCGGACUUGAUUGGCAUCACCAACGGCAACCUACCCAACCCGUACAACACUCUGCCGUCGGCCAACUACGAGCAAAAGUUUGAGAAUGCUGUGUCCGGUGGAAGUCUCACGGCGGCUGCCGCCAGCAGGCGCAGCGCAAAGUUCAGACGCCUGGCUAGUUGGAACUUGUAA